CAAUUCGACUGUCAAGGUAUCAUUUGUUUUAUUCGUAUAAAAGAUCUACGAAAACACAAAAGUAUUUCAAAAAUGGGUCUCAAAGAUAAGAUGUUAUAUUUAUACUGCCGGCACAGGCCCUCAAAGAGCCACAUUCAAAUGGCCACCGCCUUUAUGCCUUCGGCUGGAUAUUUCGGAGCUGCUGCCUUUUUGGCUUUAGUUUACUACACCGACUGGAAGAUAAUUGCCGGCUAUAUUCCACUCUACAACACCAAGUUCCCGAAGCCCGAGGAAAAGGAAAAAAAGUAAAGGCGAAAAUUCUACAUUAAUAAUAUUGGAUGUUAGCAACAAAAAUACUCUAGUUCGUGGCCAUAAACAAACCAAAAAUUAUUCACAUUUAUUUACAACUGUUUCCAAUCAAAUAACAUUGAAUACGUAUUAGAAAAUGCAUUUAGCGAAAUUCAAAGCAGCCGCCACAAAGCAGCCCACGAAGACACGUGGGAAACCUAACAGCAGAGGGUCGUCUCCAACACUCCAGCCAGGAUAUCUAGCAAUUGCAGCAAUACACCACACACCACACACAGCAAACUGUUUAUGUUUUAUCGGCGCUAAAAAGCAUUGACAAGCACAAAAGUUCACA